CUCUCUUCCUUUUGAAGAUCUUGAACUGAUCAUCCAAACCAGAACGAAACUCAACAGUUACGUCUGGCUGUAAACUCAAUUCGCCAUUCCAAGCCAUUUUCACAAGCACUGAGGCGUGUUUUGGAGACAGUUUGUGGAAGACAUCUCACGAUCAUCUGCGCUUUCCAUCUGGGCCAUCAAGAAAACUCCCAAGAAGCCAUCGCGACACUCACGUUUUCCUCGCCAACCAAAGCCACAAUUCAAACAAGAAUAACCCCAGAACCUCAAAAAUGGGCGGCUCCCUAAAACUCCGCAAAGUCUUUGGACUCAAACCCAAAUCCUCCUCCGCCAACCUUCAACCUCAACCCAUCACCCCCGACAACUUCAACAGCAACGAUCUCAACGCCAACGGCAUUUACUCCAACAACGGAGGCUACCACUCCUACACUCCCAAUGGCUCCUCCGCAUUUUCCUCCAACAACUCUGGCCAGGCGCCCGGCUUGAGUUCUAUUUCCGAGCUGCCAGCAAAUGAAUACGGAAAUGGGUACACCCAUCACGCCCCGCCGCAGCAUCAGGGGCAGCAGCACCACCGGGGCCAUGACCACAACAGAAUGUCCCUCCCGGUACAGGCCAGACCCGGUCCACCGAAUCCGCAAUACCCUCAUGAUCCAAACGCCUACUACCAGCAUCAUGAUCGAAGCAGCGGCAAUCUGUCUCCUCAAGAUGCUGUCCACCAAAGUGGCGGCAAUCGCGACCGUCGCAGCGCCAGCCUUGGUUCCCGACUGAGUCUAAGCAACUUCGGCAGUACAAGCAGCAACAGCAGUCUCGGGAGAAGCAGCGUGACAACCUUGUCCACCAUGUCCUCCGCCGCCACUUCCCCCGGUCCCGGUCCCGGUCCGGCAUCUCCUCACCAUCUGUCGCACACCCAAUCCCAGGGGUAUCUAGCAGCAGCCCAGCCCAACUCCCCUCGCUACCCAGGCCAACCUGUUCACGGUCAAGGUCAUGGUGGACAACCCCAACCCCAAGAACAUGAACAGGCUGCUGCGAAACACCGUAACUUCACCAACCCCCUCUCUUCGUCAAGACACAGAACCACCGGAAGCCAACAAUACCCCCCACAAACUCAAACCCAAACCAACGUCCUCCACAAACAUGAACCCGCCGUGCAACCCCCCUACCCCGUUUCCGAGCGCGGUUCCCCCCCUCCCCACGGGCACUCCCGCUCCUCCGGCUCUCACUCCCAAAACCUCCAAUCCUUCGCCCACCGCACCUCCCUCCACCCCGGCAUCCCCAAGUCCUCCUCCAACUCCCAUCCCACCCAACCCCAACCACACAAUCAAACCCAAACCCAAGCACAACAACAAACCCCCUCAGCAGCCGACAUCCGCCGCACCACCAAACUUUUACGCAGGAUGUUCGAGCUCCGCCUCGAACAAUGGGCCCUUAGCCACUCCCACGAGUCGGACCAGCACCUGGUUCACGAAAAGCGGGGACAGGUGGACGCCGUGUUGGCGGAUAUCUUGGGCAACGUGCGGAGUUGGGGGACAGGCGGGCGGGAGAACUGGACGGAGGAGGAGUGGGAUGAUGUUUGUCUUGUUAGGGAUGUUUUGGGGGAGAUGAGUGCCCCUGGUGCCCCUGGGGGGUUGUCCGAAGGUGCCCGAGGACAGGUUCGAACGACCGUUGCUUCUAAGGUAGAUAAGAGGGCAGUCACAAACAGAAGUGGCGCGUCGGACGAGGAGAUUGAGGAGUCAAUACGUGCAAUUCAGAGAACCAUGUCAUUGUAA